GAAAGUGGCUGCCUGAGACAGCGGCCACAGGCUGCACCGAGCUGGUAGCUUUUGCAAGGGGCUGAAUUCCCAGCCAGACGCUCACCCUUUGGCCUCUUCUUUGAAGGGUGGGGAGAGAGGAGGAAGUUGUCUCAUCUUGGAAGAUCUGGCCUGGCCUUCGUCUCUUUUUUGAUUUGGAGUAGUUACCUCCAUGGGAACUGCCUUCCAGGUAUUCAUCAAAGGAAACGGAGUGGUCCCCACACUGGAAAUGAGAAAGGAUGACAGUUUCUGAGAGUGACUGUUAACGGCUCAGAGGUGCCUUCCCGGUUCAAAAUGCCUUUUAAAGCAUUUGACACCUUCAAAGAAAAAUUUCUGAAACCUGGGAAAGAAGGAGUGAAGAAUGCCGUAGGAGAUUCCUUGGGGAUUCUGCGAAGAAAAAUUGAUGGCACCAAUGAGGAAGAAGAAAACAUCGAGCUGAAUGAGGAAGGAAGGCCGGUGCAGCCGUCCAGGACGAGCCCCCCGCUCUGUGACUGCCGCUGCUGCGGCCUCCCCAAGCGUUACAUCAUUGCCAUCAUGAGUGGGCUGGGAUUCUGCAUUUCCUUUGGGAUCCGGUGCAAUCUGGGAGUUGCCAUCGUGGAGAUGGUCAACAACAGCACUGUAUAUGUUGAUGGAAAACCAGAAAUUCAGACAGCACAGUUUAACUGGGAUCCAGAGACGGUGGGCCUUAUCCAUGGAUCUUUUUUCUGGGGUUAUAUUGUGACUCAAAUUCCAGGUGGUUUCAUUUCGAACAAGUUUGCUGCGAACAGGGUCUUUGGAGCUGCCAUCUUCUUGACAUCGACUUUGAAUAUGUUCAUUCCUUCCGCAGCCAGAGUGCAUUACGGAUGUGUCAUGUGUGUCCGAAUUUUGCAAGGUCUAGUGGAGGGUGUGACCUACCCAGCCUGCCAUGGAAUGUGGAGUAAGUGGGCACCACCUUUGGAGAGAAGUCGACUGGCCACAACGUCUUUCUGUGGUUCCUAUGCGGGGGCUGUGGUUGCCAUGCCCCUGGCAGGGGUGCUGGUGCAGUACAUUGGAUGGGCCUCCGUCUUCUAUAUUUAUGGUAUGUUUGGGAUUAUUUGGUACAUGUUUUGGCUGUUGCAGGCCUAUGAAUGCCCAGCAGUGCAUCCAACAAUAUCCAGUGAGGAGAGAACCUAUAUAGAGACAAGCAUAGGAGAAGGCGCCAACUUGGUUAGUCUCAGUAAAUUUAAUACUCCAUGGAAAAGAUUUUUCACGUCCUUGCCGGUGUAUGCGAUCAUUGUGGCCAAUUUUUGCAGAAGCUGGACCUUUUAUUUGCUCUUAAUAAGUCAGCCUGCUUAUUUUGAAGAGGUCUUUGGAUUUGCAAUAAGUAAGGUGGGUCUCUUGUCAGCUGUCCCACACAUGGUCAUGACAAUCAUUGUGCCUAUUGGAGGACAACUGGCUGAUUAUUUAAGAAGCAGAAAAAUUUUGACCACAACCGCUGUCAGAAAAAUCAUGAACUGUGGAGGUUUUGGCAUGGAGGCAACCUUACUCCUGGUGGUUGGCUUUUCCCACACCAAAGGAGUGGCUAUCUCCUUUUUGGUGCUUGCUGUAGGAUUUAGUGGCUUUGCUAUUUCAGGUUUUAAUGUCAACCACCUGGACAUUGCCCCCCGCUAUGCCAGCAUUCUCAUGGGGAUUUCAAAUGGAGUGGGAACCCUCUCUGGAAUGGUCUGUCCCCUAAUUGUCGGUGCGAUGACCAAGCAUAAGACCCGUGAAGAAUGGCAGAACGUGUUCCUCAUAGCUGCCCUGGUGCAUUACAGUGGCGUGAUCUUCUAUGGGGUCUUUGCCUCUGGGGAGAAACAAGAGUGGGCUGAUCCAGAGAAUCUCUCCGAGGAGAAAUGUGGGAUCAUUGACCAGGAUGAAUUAGCUGAGGAGACAGAACUCAACCACGAGAGUUUUGCGAGUCCCAGAAAGAAGAUGUCUUAUGGAGCCACCACUCAGAACUGUGAGGUCCAGAAGAAGGAAUGGAGAGGACAGAGGGCAGCGACCCUUGAUGAGGAAGAGCCGACAUCCUACCAGAAUGAAGAGGGAAUCCUCUCAGACACAUCCUAAUGAAUGAAAGGCAGCUCUGUCUUCUCACCUUAGAACAUCCUGCUCCCCUCACCAUAGCCCUCCUGGCCAGAAGGCCAAACAUGGGGACUCUGGAGGUGAGAAGGGGGUGGGAAAGGGGUAUAAUCCACAACAGAAAAGAGAAAUA